CAUUUUAUAUAUUUGAAAGAAACAAUAGAAAAUAUUAAGAGAGAUAUUUUUUACAAUUGGUGAACAAGAAUACCAACUGGAACACACGCGAACUUUCAUCAUUAGACAGGAAAAUACCAAGGAACGAAGGAGAAAAAAAAACGAGGAUAAAGGGAAGUUGAAGAGUGUAUUGAAGAAAGACGAGAAAUGGUUUCAAUGGUUUCUUCAGCAGUCCUUGGAGCAGCUGCAGGUACAGGAUUGGCUUUGGUAGUGGCAGUGACUAUAGUUGUCUACAGAUAUUACGCUUUUAAACGUAAAGGAAAAUAUUGGAGUAAUCUUGAUCGAUGGCCAGAUCCACCCAAAGUGAAUAAAAACAACGAAAAAUCAUCAGAAUUUAAUGAAAAUCAUUGUCGGGACAAUUCAACUUCUUCUUAUGUUUUGGAUUGUUGGAAAAAACCACAACAAAGUUACUAUGCUGUCCAACCAACCGAAUUCAACAUCGCCAAAGAACAACAUGCUGUACAACCCUCAUCUAUAAUGAUAGAAUCAGGAAACUUACCCCAUCAAAGUCGCAGUUAUCCAGGUGGUAGCGGAGGAAGUGGGAGUGGACGAAAUCUUGGAAGAAAUUCAUCAGUCAGUUCGCAAAGUUCUCAAGAAGGUGCCUCGUGUUCAUCCCCACAUCGUGGCUCUUCCCCACAAAUUAGAGCAUUUGGACCAGAUGGACGAUAUCAUCAACAUCAUCAACACCACCAUCAUCAGCAUUACGAUCCAUUGCAUGCUGCUUCUUCUUAUCCACCAAGCAAAAGUUCGAGAUCACCGUCACCAGCAAGAACAGCAUCGCUCGAUGCAAGAUGUGGAAGUCCAGGAAGUUAUACCGGAAGUUUGCUCAGCGGUAAUGCUUCACCCUCUCAAAGUUCUCUAUCGUCAAUGGCAACAGGUGUAAGUUCAUCUUGCGGAUGUCCUUCGAUCAGUGGAAUUCAGGUUACACCAAGGGCAAGUCGUUGUCUAUCACCACUUCUCAUUCCUCCUUCGCGUGCUUCCAUCAGUGAUGGUGGUCCAGCACCACCAGCAUCACCUUUAGGCUCAUUACAACCAGAUCUUUAUCAAAGAAGGGAUGGUCCAGUAUUUUUAAAUGCACGAAGAACUGGUAAAAGUCUCGGCAGAUUGCAUCUACGUUUGAAAUACGAUUUCGAUCGAUCAGAUCUCAACGUUCACCUAAUCGAAGCACACGAUUUAGCUGGUAGCGAUCAAGGUGGUUUCAACGAUCCCUACGUUAAACUAACCCUCAGUCCUGAAGUUGAUGCACGUAAAAGGCAAACACGAAUUCAUAGAAAUGAUCCUAAUCCUUUCUUCGAUCAACACUUUAAGUUUCCGGUUGGUUUCGAAGACUUACAGGACAAGACAUUGGUUCUACAGGUGUUCGAUUAUGAUCGUUUCUCGAGAAACGAUAUUGUCGGAUCGGUUAGAGUUGCAAUUGACAGCUUAGAAUUACCACCUACGUCAUCUGCCAUCGAGGUUUGGGGUGAGAUCGAACGUGAGAGAAAACCACCAGAAGAAAUUCAAGAAGUACUUCUAUCCCUUUCAUAUUUGCCAAGUGCUGAAAGACUAACCGUGGUUAUACUCAAAGCAAGAAAUUUAUUUCCCUCUCAGGAGAAAGAAACUUUGGACCCUUUCGUAAAAGUUAGUCUACUUUGCGGCGAGAAAAGGAUAAAGAAGAAAAAAAAAACUGCUGUUAGAAAAGCAACUACGAGUCCUGUGUGGAACGAAGCCAUGUCCUUCAAUGUUCCUUCAAGUUCUCUCGCAACAUCCGCUAUCGAGGUAUGCGUGUUAGAUUCCAGCAGCGAAUUGAUUGGUGGAAAUGCCAUAGUUGGUUCCUGUAUAGUUGGACCUGCUUCAGGAUCAACAGGAGGAGGAUCAUCAGAAAGUAGUCAAAGUCGAGAACAUUGGCUUCAUAUGACUCAAUCACCAAGGAAAACCAUUGCAAUGUGGCAUACGCUUCAUUAGUUUUAUUUAUCAUGAUUAAUAAUAAUCUUCGUUGGAAUAUUUAUGAACAAAAAAAUAUUUCCAAUGAAGCAAAUAUCUUAUAAGAGAGAUCCGAAUGAAAUAAAAUUCAAAGGAUUCUUUGAGCAAAAGAUAAAAGACAAAAAUGAGGAAAGAAAACUUGAUAAGGAAAAUUAAAUCGACUGAUUUCAUAUUAAUUUUAGAAAUCGUUUUUAGCAAAUUAGCUGAUCAAAAAUCUGAUAUUGAUGAUAAUCGAUAGAAUGGAACCGUGUUUUAUCAUUCAUGCUGGGAAGAUUCGAUAAGAAGCUAUGUGGGGGUAACCAUAAUC